UCCUGUGAAAGGGUGGGCUUGGCUCAUAAGCCAAUCAAAGACCCCCCCAGGGGGCGGAGUUUUCUUCGGCCUGGAUCCGGGCCUGGGGGGUAAAGCUAAAGUGUUUCCAUCUCCAGCCAAUCCCAGGGAAGGCAGGAGGGCACUCUUCCAAUGGGAGCCAGAGAGUGGUCGGUAGCUGUGGAGGCCUGCUAACCCGCUAGCUCUCUAGCGGGCUGGAGGGACGCGUCCAGUGCGUUCACUAGAGCCAGCCGCCGGCCCCUCGAAUCUGCUAGCGCUCGGCAGCGGCGGCGCGGAGGGCAGGAGGUGUCUGGUCAACGGGUUGCGGAGGAUCGUGCGGGUAGCAAAGGGAGGGCGAGUGCCCCUGCAGUCCCAGACAACAACCAGAACAUGCAUCCCUGUUAGAACCAUCACCCUGCAGCUAGCUUGGACACCAUUAAAAGGGCUCAUCAGCUGCAAACGGAUAGAAGUAUCUGGUAUUCGUGAAGACAGAGUUUUGGGGCUGCCACCUGGAGCUACGCCCUCCAGAAGCCCCUGCUUGGCCUCCCUGCACCCAGCUCCGCACCAGCCAGUCACAACUCCGGCUGUGUGUGGCUUUUCUUGGCAACUGGAACGCAGACUCCUCCAGCAGCUGCACGGCCCCCUUGUCCUCAGUGAACAGAACACCACAGAAGCUGGCUACUGAAGAGGCUGUCCAAGUGAUAGAGCUCCACCUUGGCUCUGCUUAGCACAUUUCCCACAAAGCAGAACUGAGUGCUGGAUGUUCUGCAUUCGUGCUUACUACCCACGGGGACUGUAGAGGGAUUUGUCCGGCCCCAUUUCACUAAGGACCACCCUGUAAGGAUCUCCACAGGAGGCUGCCCAUAGUGAGAAGGGGCCUGCCUGGCUUCUCCACGCCUUAAGGCCUACAGGGACACCUCCAGGGCUGAGGGGAUCAAUACUUUUUCACCUACCCCUGAUCCUCGUUAUCAGCUGGAAAGUUCUGCCUCCUAGUUUUUGUUCUUUUAUUUAUUUAUUUGUUUGGUUUUGGUAGGAAGAGUUUUAACUGCUUCUUCUAUUCCUAUAGUAAUUAGAGGGCUAUUCAGGAUUUCUUUUUGCUUUUUGAGUCAAUUUUGGUAAGUUACCGGUUUCCAGGAAUUGGUCCCUUUUAUCUACAUUCUCGAAUUUAUUGGCAUAAAGUUCCCUUUUUAAAAAAUCCUCUGCUGUAUAUAAUCUGUAACCAUGUCUCCUUUUUCAUUGCUAAUAUUGGUUAUUUGUGCCUUCUCACUUUUUUUCUUGAUCAAUCUCACCAGAGGUUUGUCUAUUUUAUUAGUCUUUUCUAAGAACCAACUUUUGGCUCUGUUGCUCCUCUCUAUCGUGUCUUUGUUUUCUAUUUCUUUAAUUUCCGCUCUUAUCUUUUUUGAUCUCCUUCCUUCCACAUUUUUUGGAUUUAUUCUGUUGUUCUUUUUCUGAUUUCUUAUGUUGGACAUGGAGCUCACUAAUUUUCAGUCUUUCUUGUUUUAUAAUGUGUGCAUUUAAGGAUAUACAUUUCCUUCCAAACACAACUUUUCUACACAUUCAAACAUGUCAUAUUUCAUUAUUGUUCGGUUCCAAGUACUUCAACAUUUCCAUUGUGGUCACUUCUUUGGUGAGUGAUAUAGAAGUGUGUUUAUAAAUUUCUAAAUGUGCGGGGAAGUUUUAAUGUAUCUCUUUGUUAUUGAAAUCUAUCUUAAUUGCAUUAUGGUCUGAGUAUGUGGUCCAUGUGAUAACAACUCUGAAAUUUAUUAAGACUUGUUUUAUGGCUUAAUACAUGAUCAAUAUUUUUGAAUGUUUCCUAUGUGCUUUAUAAGAUGUAUGUUCUCUAAUUGUUGAAUACGGAGUUCUACACAUGUCUUAUCAAAUUUGCUAAUUGUAUUGUUCAGAUUUUCUAUAUCUACACUGAUUUUUUGGUCGUGCUAUGCCAGUAAUUGUAAGAGGUGUGUUCAUUUUCAGCUAUGAUGGUGGAUUUGUCUGUUUCUCCUUAUAGUUCUUUUUAAAAAUUUUAUAUACUUUGAGGAUAUUUUAUUAGGAAUAUUCAAAUGAAGAAUUGUUAUACAUUCCUGGUAAAUAUGUAAUGACCUUCUCUAUUCGCAAUAAUGCAUUUUUUGAAGUCUAUCUUAUCUUAUCUUAACACAAGCUUUUCUUCUUGUUUGGAUUUGUGUGGUAUACAAUUUUCCAUCCUUUCACUGUUCAACAUUUUCAUACCCUUAUGCUUUAAUUAUAUCUCUUGAGAACGGCAUACAGCUGGACUCUUAAAAAAUCUAAUCUGAUGAUCUCUUUUAAUGGGCAAGUGUAGUCUGUUUCCAUUUUCUAUGAUAUAUUUGGACUCGUUUCUACCAUUGUACUACUUCUUUAUUUCUAUUUCCUACCACCACCUUUUCUAUGCUUUGUUUUUCCCUUUCUGGCCUGUUUUUUAGUUUUGAGAUUUGUUUAUUUGCUUUCUUAUUCAAUUUUUUCUUCUGUACUAUUUGAAAUUUACACAUUCUUUUUUUUUACUCUUUCUGUGUUUAUCCUUGAACUUUUACCAUACAUGUGUAACUUAUAAGGUCUAAAGUUAAAUAGCAUUUUAACCUCCCUCUUGAAGAAUGCAGGAACCUUCAACUCUGGUCACUCCUCUUUUUACCACAUGCUAUUGUCUUGAAUAUGUUAGUUUGUUUCUCUUUUUUUCCUAACCUCACAAAUUCUAUAUCAUCAUUAGUAUUAUUUCAUACCUGUUUGGCUUUACAUGCAUACAUUCUUGCAUCUCAGACCAUCAUUCUGGGAUCAUUUUCUUUUAUCAUAAAUACAAUGUUUAGAUGUCCUUUUAGUACAGGUCUCUUGGUGUUCAAUUUUCCCAGUUGUUGUUGUUGUAGGCAAAUGUCUUUAUUCUAUCCUCAUUCUUAAAAAUAAUUUGUUGUCAGUAUUUAGAGGUCUGCUGUCAGUCUAAUUGCUAUUUUUGGUAGGUGUUUUUGUUUUCUUCUACUUGGGCUACUUUUAAGAAAUUCCCUUUGUCUGUCUGUCUGUCUGUCUCUCUCUCUCUCUCUCUCUGAGAGGGGGAUCUGCAAGGGGGCAUGCAGUUUCAUUCUAACAUGUUUAGGCACAUAUUUCUUUUUUAUUCUGCUUUGGAAAUUGUUUCAUGCUUUUGCAUUCAUGUUUUUCAUAACUUCUAGAAAAUUCUCAGCCAUUAUCUUUUCAAAUGUUGUCUUUCUUCCACCCUUUCCAUAUUUUCUUUCUCAGAAUCCAGUCAAUCAUAUUUUGGGCCUCAUUGUAUCUUCCGUAUCUCAUAAUGUCUUGUUGAUAUUUUCUAUUUCCUUGUCUUCCUGUAUUUCAUUCUCAUCAAUUUCUUCAGAUAUAUCUUUUAGUUUACUGAUUCUCUCUUCAGCUCUCUCUGUAGGUUAGCUCUAUUUAAUCUGUCUACUGAGUUUUUUAUUUCAAUAAGUAUAUUUUUCAUGUGUACAAGCUGUGUAUUUUUUGCUUUCUAAUUUGCUUAGUCAUCCCUAAUAGUCUCUUGUUGCUUGCUCACCUUUGUGGUUGUAUCUUUUAUUUAAAAAGAACGUUUUAUACCCUUUUUGUUCAACCAAUAAUCACUGUUUGCAUAAGUAUGACAUUGUCAUUAUUGUUCACAUCUAUACCACAUAGUACACUCUGAUUAUAUAUCCUCUAUUGUAUACCUUUUUGUUUUCCUAGUAAUCAUCUUUGUUUCUUUUGCCUAGUGUUAUCAUGCCUAUUACUAAUUCUUUGAAAUUCCUUUUAAAAUCCAUAUCAUAUCAUGUCUCUCUUCUGCUCAAAAUUCUCCCAUGGCUCCCAGCUCCCUCAGAAGAGAAGCCAAAGCUCUCACCAUGGCCCAACGGUUCACACAAUGUGGUCCUUGUGCCCUUGCUGACCUCAUAUCUUAUUAAUUUUCCCAUUACUCACUCUUUCCUAACCACCCUGGCCUCUUUGCUAUUCCUCAAACAUGUCAGGUACCCUCCCCCUUCAGAGCUGUUGUGCCUGCUAUUCUCACUGCCGGAACACUCUUUGCAUACAGUCUCAUGAGUUUCCCACCCACUUCUAGUAUGCUCAAACGUCACCUCCCUAAAGAAGCAUUCCCUGACCAAACUAGUCCCAUUAACCAGUGUUUUCUAACCCCUUACCCUACUUGAUGUCUUGUGUUUUUGUACAGAACACUGAUCACCACCUGAUAUAUUUUCUAUUUAUUUAUUGUGAUUAGUGUUUGUCUUUUCCCAGUAGACUGUAAGCUCCACAAAGCAGGGAUUUUGUUUUGUUCACUAUUGUAUCCCCAGUGCCAAGAAAAACAGUGCAUAGUAAUAUUUAGUAGACACUCAAUAAAUAUUUA